UUGAGUAAUUUUUGCUAAUUAAAUUAAGAAAAUAUUAUUAAAUAGUGAUCAAAGUUAAUAUAGGGCAAGCAAAAACACUUAAAAAAAUAAAGUACUCUUUUGCAUGUUGAUGUGAUGAACAAUUUCUAACUAUGACUUCCAAGAAAAUUCCUGUAUCCUAUGGAUUUUUCAAAAAAUAUACCAACCACGAAGAAUGUGUCUCAGUGAUGCUGAAACACAAGGCCAAUGGCAACAAAGAAGCCUAUGAAGCAAUGCUCAAAAGAAAAGAUUGUAAAGAAAAAGCCCUAAGAUCUUAUUAUGAAGCCUUUUAUUUAAAACCAAAAAUAAGAGAAAAGUAUCACAUAAGUUUAAAACCAGUGCCUAAAAAAAUAAAAGAUAAAUUAUUAGUAAUACCAGUGCAGGACACUGAAAACAUAAGUGUCACGGGGUCACCAGGAGAAAAUAACGAAGAAAUUGAUGUAAUACAGGAAGUUAUUAAUGACAUUGACAAUAAUAGUAAAAAUAACAAUGAGUUAGAAGCGUCUUAUAGUAAUGGUGCAAAAAAGAAGGAACUUAAAAGUCGGGCUUUAAUUUCAGCAAUGAUCGAUGAUCAUGAGGUGGAAGAUGAUAGUGAACCUUUGAGUUCACCUGAUAUUUCCUGCUCUUCAAAACAAAUAAAUGCCAAAAUUAAUUCGCCUGGACAGAAAAAUAGAGAACAUUUUGCAUCCUCAUCUAAAAACCUAACUUCUCCUAAAAUCAAUUCAAAACAAUCUAAUGUCAACAUCAGCUCUAUUGAAAAUAAUAAAUCUGAAAACUCUAAAGCAUCUUCUACAAAACCUUCAAACGAUAAACAAACAGGACUCAUGGCAAAUAACAAUUAUAAACCAGCAAUUCCUAAUACAGAAUCUAAAGAUGAAUCUGUCCAUUUGAAUCCCGACUUUAACUACAAAGCUUUAGUACCCUACAUCCAUUGUUGCCCGUUAACCAUAAAGGAAUUUCGUAAAAACAGUAAUAUUAAACAAUUAGUCGCAGAAUUUUGGGAAAAUAAACAUAAAAGUGAUUUUCAACUACGCAUUAAAGUGCAACAAUUGUAUUUAUUAUUUUACUUAGCCCCCGAAUAUAGAACAAUUGAACCUAUUAACAAAAUUCAAUUGGCAGCAAAUUCACCGGAACAUAUUAAAAAUAUUUUUUUUAAUAUUCCCACAAAUCUUUACUUAAAGAAUGAUCAAGAAAAUAAUAACACAAAUAAUAAAACUGAAGCGCAAAUACUACCCAUAACCAAUACCCCAGUAACAGAACCAGCUGUAGAAAACAAAGUAAUUGAACAAAAUAAGAAUGAAGCACCACAAGAUAUGGAUACUAAUGAUGUCAAUCAAAAAGCAAUAAUGCCGGAGGCUGUCAAUAAUUGCAAUGAACAAGUUAACAAUGUAACCCAACAAAAUAAUAUUCCUUUACUUACUGAUCACUCAGCUGGUGCGAUUGCAAACAUACCCGUUACCCUGGAUGAGUUUAAAAAAUAUUCUCAUCAUGAGGAAAUUGUGGAAAAACUCUUCAAAAUAAAAGUCCAAGAUAAUAAAGAGUUAUAUGAUAAAUACAAAAAUUCCCAGGAAGCUUUCGACAGCACUUUACACAACUACUAUCGAGCAUUUUACUUGUCACCCACCAUACGAGAAACAUUUCCGAUACGUUUUAAACCAUUGCCAAAUUCUCUUAAAAAUCGGUUACUACAAAUACCUGAAGGCAUAGUAAAGUCAACAUCAUUGAGUAGCUUUCGAAUAGAAGAACUUGUUUCGUUUGAAUUUAAUUUGCCAGUUGAGAGCAAUAAAGGGGAGGAAAUUAGUGCACAGCAACAUACUGGCUUAAAUUCUCCUGGAAUCAAUUCAAAACAAUCUAAGGACAACAUUAGCUCUAUUGAAAAUAAAGAAUCUGGAAACUCUAAAGCAUCUACUUCAAAACCUUCAAACGAUAAACAAACAGGACUCAUGGCAAAUAACAAUUAUAAACCAGCAAUUCCUAAUACAGAAUCUAAAAAUUUACCCAAAGCCACGAGUGCAACUAUAUCCGUUGCCACAAAUAAUAAAACUGAAGCGCAAAUACUACCCAUAACCAAUACUUCAGUAACAGAACCAGCUGUAGAAAACAAAGUAAUUGAACAAAAUAAGAAUGAAGCACCACAAGAUAUGGAUACUAAUGAUGUCAAUCAAAAAGCAAUAAUGCCGGAGGCUGUCAAUAAUUGCAAUGAACAUGUUAACAAUGAAACCCAACAAAAUAAUAUUCCUUUACUUACUGAUCACUCAGCUGGUGCGAUUGCAAACAUACCCGUUACCCUGGAUGAGUUUAAAAAAGUUUCUCAUCAUGAGGAAAUUGUGAACAAACUCUUCAAAAUAAAAGCCCAAGAUGAUAAAGAGUUAUAUUAUAAAUACAAAAAUUCCCAGGAAGCUUUCGACAGCACUUUACACAACUACUAUCGAGCAUUUUACUUGUCACCCACCAUACGAGAAACAUUUCCGAUACGUUUUAAACCAUUGCCAAAUUCUCUUAAAAAUCGGUUACUACAAAUACCUGAAGGCAUAGUAAAGUCAACAUCAUUGAGUAGCUUUCGAAUAGAAGAACUUGUUUCGUUUGAAUUUAAUUUGCCAGUUGUGAGCAAUGAAGACGAGGAAGUUAGUGCUGAUGCACAGCAACAUACUGCUGUAAACAACGUUAACCUUUCUUCAACAUCACCAACAAAGGAUAAUCAAAGUUCAGGUUCAGAAAGUAAAACAACAUCUACUACUGCCAGUGGUGCAACUAAAAGAUCAACAACUGGGGACAUGAAAUCUACAUCACCUAUUGGAAAAAAAUCCAAACAAGCUCAAGAUGAUACGGAAAAGAAAGGGAAAACAAAAAUAUUGUACAAAUAUUUAUUGCCCUAUGUCCACUGUUGUCCGGUGAGAUUUUCCGAAUUUCGAAAAUAUACCAAUGUCUCUGAAUUGUUUAGUGGUCAUUGUCAAAUGCUGUAUAAAAGUCUAAAAAAAUUGCCUUAUAUGGUACAUCGUGCCUAUGUGCUGUACUAUUUAGCGCCCGAAUAUAGAAACUCUACACCUUUAAAUAAAAUAAAAACUCUACAUGAAUGUCCCAUCGAUUUGAGAAGUAAAAUUUUCGAAAUACCCAGAAAUCUCUAUUUAAAAGGCGAAAAUACAGACAAUAUAGAAACUCAGGAGAAUAUUCAAACACCCACAAAGAAAACCGACAAUAUACAAACUGAGCUGAAUACUGAAAUACAGAUAGAAGGGGCCGCAGAUCUGGCAGCAGAAACGACUGGUGCAAAGAAAAUUUCCUCCAAAAGCUUUGUAGAGAUAUUGGAAAAUCGUCUAUUGCCACCUAUAACUCUGCCAUUAACUGGAAAUUGUAAUGCGGAAAGUCAAUGUCCCAAUACCAACUGCGUUUUUCAUCAUAUUACCCAGUUGGAAUUUGUUCAACUAACAAAUAUCUUACACAUUUUACCAGCACCGCAUGAUAACUCUGUGAUACAAUAUAUAUACAAAAAAUGUAUCUAUCAAAUAGUUAAGGAGAAAACUAUUGAUGACAAAUAUGUUGUAAAAAAUGCGUUAUGGCGUAAACUUUUGAAACACAAUGAAAUGUGUGAAAAAUGUGAUAGUGAUAUACAGCCUACUCUAUUAAAGCAGGUCACAUCAAGGGAUAUUAUUGAGAAUGAAAGAGAAAGUACGGCAACUGUUAUCGAGAGCAGAGAUGCUAAUAAUAAAAGUAUGCAAACUAACCCAACGAUUGCAGAGGAACCAAUGAAAGCACCAGCUCUUAAUAAAAGUUCAAUCACAAACCAAGCGGAAAUUUCAACGAUAAACAGUCAGAGCCAACUAGAAACAACUGACCAACAGAAAAAUUCAGUAGAUUUAACUGAAAACCUAAAGGAUGACAGAAUCUUCCAACUGUUUCGCCAACAACUUUUAGCAAAACUAAAACAGACCUUUGAUAGAUUUUACUUCUACAUAGAUUUUACUUCAGAUACCUAUAACAUAUUUCUAGAAUGCAAUGAAAUUCCUUUGAAGCAGCUAUUAAAUGACUUUUGCGCACACAACGAUGAUGUGGUGCAGCGUAUUUUGAAUGAAAGAGAAAUAUAUGAAGCAUUACAACGUUAUUAUUACUACAAAUUUUUAACAAAUGUAGAAGAUAAUAAUAACACAACAGUUGAAACUGUUAUGGAAAUGUUUGGGGAAACUCAAAAAGAUAAAACAAAUACUCAAAUUAGCAACAGUAAUGAGAUAAAUUUAAGCAAAACAAACGCCGGAACAACCAUUUCAGCAGCAAACAAUAAUAAUAUUAUUAAUGAUAAGGCUUCAGAAAAAGCCAAGCGUAUAUUUUUUCGCUAUGUUUCAAAGACCGAUAAUCUCUCCUACAUAAUACACACCUCAUUUAGUCUUAAACAAUUAAUUUUGCAAGCCGUUUUAAGCAUGACGUUUGAAGAAUUCCUCCAACUCACCAGCAUUUACAAUGGCACACAAUUAUAUGACGAUAAGCAUAUAGCCGCAUGUAUGUAUCGUUAUGUCUUUCGUGGCCCCAUGGUUUGGCCAACAAACCUCUUUAUAAAACUCAAAAAUCUGUGUGAUUUUCUGCACGCUAAAAACAUACGAUUCGACGACUAUUCAAAUAUGUUAAUUCACAUUUCACCGAAAUUGCUGCAUUGGUCUGAUUUGUUGACAUGUACCAAUAUUUUGGAAUCUAUUCAAAUUGAUUACGAAAAGCGUACGGGUAAAUUGUUGGACACCUGUGAUACCCCAUCACUAAAACAUGAAUGUAUUGGGUAUUAUAAUCGUUGUUGGAAACAUGAAAAAUGGUUGCGAAAAGUUCCUGAUGUUUAUGAAGAAUUUUAUAAGGAUUAUUUGAACUCUAAUAAUCAAGGUGAUGUCAUUAUAAGGGAUGAAUCAUACCUGCAGGAAAUUUGUGAAGAACCAAAUGAAGUCACAAAUAAUAUUGCAUUAGACAAUAACGACAUGGGUAAUGCCUCAAUUGUCCAACAAGAUGUUUCACAACCAGCUGCUGCUUCAAAUCUGAAUACAAGUGCUGCAGUUGAUGAAGAUGAUGUCAUUAUGUUGGAGGAAUCAGACUGCCAGGCAAUUUGCGAAGAACCAAAUGAUGUCGCAAAUAAUAUUGCAUUAGAAAAUAAAGACAUGGGUAAUAACUCAAUUGUUCAACAAGAUGUUUCACAACCAUCUGCUGCCUCAAAUCUGAAUACAAGUGCUGCAGUUGAUGAAGGUGAUGUCAUUAUGUUGGAUAUAUCAGACUGCCAGGCAAUUUGCGAAGAACCAAAUGAUGUCGCAAAUAAUAUUGCAUUAGAAAAUAAAGACAUGGGUAAUAACUCAAUUGUUCAACAAGAUGUUUCACAACCAAACACCUCAAAUCAGAAUACAAGUGCUGCAGUUGAUGAAGAUCCCGAUUUUGCCACAGCAAAUAAUGUAGAAAUUCCUGCGGAAUUGAACACCUCUCACAAUCGAUCAAUUACAGAAUUUAAUUGUGUUAUGCUGCCAAAUACACAGCAACAAAUCGAAAUGCUGCCUGCAGAAGUAAGAGUUUCAAAUGAUCCUCUAAAUAAAACUGAUUUGGUCGAAAUUGACAAAAUCGACAUUAAAACCGAACCUAUCAACAGCAAACUUUUACAGAAUUUAAAAUUCUAUGAGGAUGAGGACAGCAUCAUGCAAUGUACACCUUGUGCAGAAGAAAUUGUGGAAUUACAAGAGUCGAUAUUGGAAGUUGGUGAAAAUCUACCACUCUCUCAGAUUGAAUUUGAAGAUAUAGUGAUAGAACUUAUUUUAUCUGAAGAUAAUGAAAUGAAUAUACCACAAUGUCUGGCAAGUUCGAGUGGCACGGCGUGCACCCAGGAACAACAAACCCAACCAAUUGCAUUAACAUCAACAAUGCAAUUGCCAGAUGUUAGCUUAAGAAGUAGUGGUGAGGAUGAGACCAACGAAAAAAUAGUAGAGUAUCAGCAGCAAAAACAGAAAUUUAAUGAAGAAGAAUCAAUAAAAAUAAAUGCAGAAUUGGAGUUAAUACAGAAUCAAUGUGAGUCAUCUUUGACUUCGUUACAGAGUUUUAUUACAUAUCCAGAGGCUCAACGUUUUCCAAGUUCUUUCGAGGACACACAAUCAUAUGGUGGUAGUUUAAGUGCAGAACAAGUAACUACUUCAGUACAACAAGAUCUGAUUAGCACAACAGCUAGCGAAAAUGUUAAUGAUGUAGCAACAGAAACUAAUACAACUUCAUUAGUCUCAAAAGAUGUACAACCAACAACUUCAAUUUCUAUACAAGACUUAAAUACUUCCAAUGUAACCUUACGAAGGGUUACAGUUAAAAUUCCAAAACACAAAGCAAAAGUUAGACCCUUAAAAAAUUCAGAUUUUGUACCACAAAUUCAACAUAAUACACGUCCUUUGGUAAGGAUACCAGUCAAUUCAACUAGCAGCAUUAGAGACAAUACAGAAUUACAGCCCUCAACAAUUAUUUCUAAAGGUACUCAUAUAUCUAUUUCCCAAGAACUCCAAACAAAUUGUUCUGUUUUCAAUAACACCUCACUGUUGCGAAUGGUUGAUCAUAAUUAUAAUCAACAGAGUCUAAUAAAUAUAACUCCUAUAACAUUGACACAAACCCAUAGCCAAGAAGCAGCAGGAAAUACUGAAACUAAUGCAGCAGCCAGUAAUACAAAUACAAAUCAACAGCCUACUGGAAGAGUUACACGUAGAAGCAACAUGCUUGUUAAUAACAACACACAGCCAGAACAAACUAGAACGAAGAGUCCACUAAAAAUGACCACCACAAGCUCGAAUGUAACAAAACCUCAAGCCUCUCCAAGAAUAGUAACUCGUAGAACUAGUUUAUGCAAAGAUACUAACGAUAAGAAUUUUUUUGUACAUAAUAGAAAAAUCUAAAUUAAAAUUACAUAUGUAUAUUUAAAUAUUAUUUUAUUAUUAUUAUUAUUAUUAUCUACAAAAUCAAUUAACUAUAUUUAUUAAAAUACAUGUUUUAUGUCCUUAA